GAAUUUGAUCCAUAAAAACUGCUACCAGCUCCCAGACACGUGUCUGAAGAGAAGACAGGUACUAGUUACCAGACCUCUCCCUAGAAACCAACAGGAAACUGGUACUGCCCCCUCACAGGACGCAACAGCUACAGGGGAGGGAAGUAGCCCUGCAGUAUGUGGCAGUCAGAGUGUGCCCACCUCCAUCAUUACCAGCAGUACUGGCCCCUCCACUUCAGGCGGGGCAUCUGUACAGUCAACAUCCACAUCACCACAGGGGGGUGCCAGAGGAGGACCUCAGAGGGGCGCCAGAGAGGGAGGGGACAACAGGAGACGCAGGCGGAAGUCCAAAAGGAGACCACGACCAAAACGAAAGCAGGACAGAAAGAACAGCUCGGAAGCAGGACCCAGCCAAAAUCAAGAUCAGGCAGGUUGUUCAGGGUCUUUUGAAUGUUCUGAUCCAUUGUACAUUAAGGUGAAGGUGGAGACUGACUCAGACACAGAUCACACCAGUAACCAGCAGGAUGGGUCGUCCAGUAGAAUUGAGGAGUCCUCAGAUGACCUGUGGUUCCUGGAGGAGGAUCAGCAUGGCUCGGACACGUUCUCGAUCGAGUACGAGAUAGAGGAUUCCGAGCCCUCUGACAUCAUCUCCGAGUCUUCCUCCGUCGUAUCAGGACAGGAUGUGAUUGUGGUUUGUUCAGACAGUGAUGUGGAAUUCUGGGCAGAUGAGAGUGAUACUUGUACAGACUGGAAUGAAGGAGAUCAGUGGACUUGUGCAUGUGGUACAAAAAACACCCCUGUCCAACGUCACUGUAAAUUCUGCUGGAAAAUACGCCCGGGCUGGCUUGGAGAGAAAAGAAAGCGUUCACCCUCCAGUGAAGAAACAGACUCCUAUAAAAAAUGGAAGGAGGAUAGUGAAACAGAUACUUCAGAUAUUGUGAGAGUCGCGGAAAAAGAGACACUGAAAUCGGACUCCAUAGAUUCUGGAAUUUGUCUUUCUAGCCAAGACACUGCAUCGUCUCAAGCAGAACUUGUCCAGCUUGGGUCCAGGAGGAUUUCACUUAAUUACGUGUAUAAGAAGAGUAAAAACGGGAGCAUCAUCAGGGCCAGGCUGAUAUUCAUUGAAAAGAAAUUACUGUGUAAUGAUAGCAGUAACAUUUGUGGGCAUUGA